AUGCCCUGUCUCAACUCUGAAGCGCUGGAGACCAUGCAGCCUGGCAGUGGGACGCCCGGGGCAUCUCCUGCAGCUGGGUCAGAGGAGUCCUGCAGCAGGGAAACAGUGACUGCGUCGCCGAUGGCGAGGGACAUGGGCUGGUUCUUCUCCCCGCUGUGGAGGCCUCGGUCCAAGACGAUUAGCAGGAGGUUUGAAGACGGUGUGAAAGGCGACCAAGUGGAGGCAUGGCUGGAUGACCACUCCGACUUUACGAGGGCGUACUUUUUACGCAGAACUUCCACGGUCAGUGGUCCACAGGCAGAAACUCCACUGCCCAGGUUUCCUAGGAGAAGCUCUGACCAGCUGAGGAAGGCUCAUCAUGGCAGACCUUCCUCUCCACUGGCCAGCUCACACAUGGCAUCAUUAAUGGACAGCCUCAAACCACUUCCCUCAAAUCUCAGUGCCCCCCCUGAGCGCAGCAUGGAUGGCUUCAGUCCAGAUGUAUGGCCUGAUCACUGCCCCUACUCUCCACGCUCUCCUCGUUCUUCACGCUUUCCUUUUUCUACCAUUUGCCCUUGCUCCCCUGACUUACCCUACUCUCCUUAUCCUCUGCCUCCCACUGCUGCAACUACUGAAGCCUGUGGCCAUGGUGAGUGCUGCCCAUGGAUGAUGGAGCUCCUGAGAGGAGGUCUCAGCUGGAUGGGUUCUGUAGCAGAGCUCUGCCAGGGGGCUGUCCUGCAUGCUGGGGAGCUGCUGGCAGCCGAGUAUUGCUCCCUCUCGUUGGUAAAGAAAGACUCUCGUGGAAGGAACACCUUGGAGGAGUUGAUCGCCCUGAAAGCAUUGGGGUGCUUGAGCGAAGGCAACAUCUACAGCCAUGCACACCGGGAGCUGGUGAAGGGUAUCAUGGAAUCUGCAAUGGCUACAGGGUCACCAAUGAACCUGAGAGACCCAUCAGGGGACCCCAGAUUCGACUUUGAUGACGACCAAUUAUCAAAGAUCAGCACUGUUUUGAGUGUCCCUAUCAAGAACCACAGAGGAGAGGUGGUAGGUGUAGUCGUAAUGAUCAACAAGAGAAAUGGCUGCGAUGGAUCAGUUUCUGUUUUUACCAACAUGGAUGAAAAGGUACUGUCGAAUCACAUGGAUGUGUUGGGGUUGGUCCUGGAUAAUGUCCAGCUGUAUGAAAGCUCAAGACAGGAGGCCAAACGCAGUCAGGCUUUGAUAGAAAUGGCACAAGUGUUGUCAAAGGAGCACCGUUCUUUUGAAGGUCUGCUGAGUAAGAUGGCUGCCACCAUCAUGCCCUUCACACAUGCUCAGUACUGCACCAUCUUCAUCCCCAGUGAGGAAACCUCAGUUGCGAAAGACGAGGUUUCAUUCUCCAGAGUGAUUAACCUGGAGUGUGAGGAGCUUGGAUCAACCUGCCAGAUCUACAGAAGGGGGCGUGACGUCAGCGAUAUAGACCCAUCACAUGCCCUUCGAACUCUGGAUUCUAUGGAAACAUUUAAUAUGUCGGAGAUUUCUCAGGAAACAACAAAGAGUCUGAUCUGCUGCCCCGUGAGAAAUGAAAGGUCUGAAAAUGUUAUUGCGGUGUGCCAACUGAUGAACAAAAGGAGCAGAGACACAGAUGAGAUGGAAGCUUUUAACAGAUACGAUGAGCGCCUACUGGAGGACCUGGCUGUGUACUGCGGCCUGGCUCUGCAGUAUUCUCAGGCUGUGCUGUUCACUGAGGAGCGGAGGGCCAGUAUCGAGGUCACAGAGGAGGUUCUUGCCUACCACAUCACCGCAGCAGAGCAGGAAAUCCUAGUAUUGCAGGAGGCAACUAUUCCUUCCGUUGAAUCACUGCAUAUUCGAGACUUCCAUUUCUCUGAGUUUGGUCUGCCAGAAGACAGGACCACUCAGGCCACCAUUCGUAUGUUCCUGGACCUCAAUUUGGUGCAGGAAUUUAACAUUGAUUACAAGAGUCUCUGCCAGUGGGUGCUGACUGUGAAACGUGGUUACAGGAACAACGUGCCUUAUCACAACUGGAACCAUGCACUGAGCACUGCUCAAAGCAUGUUUGCUAUGCUCAUGGCCACAGAGCAACUCCAGACAAUUUUUUCCCGUCUGGAGAUUUUAGCACUGAUGAUAGCCACUCUGAAUCAUGAUAUUGACCACAGAGGAGUCAGUAACUCGUACAUAGAAAGGAGUCAACAGCCUUUAGCUCAGCUGUAUGGACACUCUUCCCUUGAAAACCAUCACUACAAUCUGUGCAUCUUCAUCCUAAACAACACUGGGAGUCAGAUUCUCAGCGGCCUCUCUGCAGAGGACCACAGAGCUUUACUACACAUGCUCAAAAGGGCAAUCCUCGCAACUGACCUGAACGUCUAUAUGGAGAGAAGAAACGAGUUCUUUACUCUUGCCAAGAAAAGCGGAGUGAGCUGGAAGAGUGAGAAUAAAAGAGACUUACUGAGGUCGAUGUUGAUGACAGCUAGCGACCUCUCUGCAAUCACAAAGCCUUGGCCUGAACAAAAAAGGAUUGCCAACUUGGUUGCCAUGGAGUUCUUUGCACAAGGGGACAAAGAGAAAAAAGAGUUCAAAAUCCAACCCAUUGACGUCAUGAACAGGGAAAACAGCACUCGGAUGCCAUACAUGCAAGUUGAAUACAUAGAUGACAUCUGCUAUCCACUGUACAAGGCUGUAUCAAGACUGUUUGACACCUGCUCCCCACUGCUAAGUGGUUGUAAGAAGAACAGAAAAAACUGGAUGCAUCUGGCUGGGAAAGCAAAGGAAGAAGAUGAAAAUGGUAGCUGUGUCACCCUGCAAACACAUACAAAUAAUGAGGAAGAGACGCAGACAGAAGAUGGAGGACUGGACUGAGGAAGUUUGACCUGACCUGUUUGUUCUCCAUCCUCUCUUGGAAAUAUCAGCGUAGUGCCACAUCAGAACUUUGACUUCUUAAUGUUUUAAUGGGAUAUAUGCAACAAUCUUGACACAUAUAAGCAAUGCUGCAGUUGUCUGAGUUGCCUGGCUGAGAACAUAUCGUGUAGCAAGGCCAA